AUGCCGGUGCAGGAAUUCAGCGAGUAUUUCCCCAAGAUGGAUACGGAGAUAGUGGAUGCCCUUUAUGAGGUGUACAAGCAGACGCUUGGCCAUGUCCGGUCGCAUUGCCAGGCGGAGUACGAGAUGAUUUGCGCUGAAUAUCGGGUGCCUGACCGGCUGCGCGAUCUAGAGGGGUCACACCACAAUACAGCAGGACCUAUCUCUGAGGACGCAGCCCGCUUAACACCAGGCAGAACUUGCAUGAAUGCACCGUCUGGUGCGCCUGCCAGCCAAGGACCUUCUGUGGAGGUGGUUCAGCACGCGGAACGCAUCGCCCGGCGGCAUGCGCUGCUGCAGGAGGCGGCGCACCUGGAAGACACGUUAGAGAAGGCCCGCAGGACGGAGAAUCGCUUGUCCGCAAUGUUGGCAAUGCGACAGGAGGCGGUGGAGAAGAUUGUGACGACGUAUCAGCGCGUGGUCACGGACGUAAAGCAGGUUUAUGACAUCACGCGUGUUUGGCCCAAGGAGGUCUGAGCUUAUGGAGCGUUCAACUUAAGGCGACAGCUGCUGUAGUUGGCCUGCACGGCUGUCGGUCAUUGCAGAAAGUUGUGCGGAUUGGGGGUUGCACGGAAUGCGCUGCAUGUUUACUGUCAUCGGAUUCGAUGUAGUUCCGAUGUCCGUUCCUCGCGACAACCUUGCGCGCGGCGAACAGGCCCUGAAGAGUCUCGCUUUAGGUCUGGCAUUUGUGAUGAUUCAAAUGUGGUAUUAUGGUGAAGUCUAUGUCUAGUGGCGCUGCCGGCAAAAUGUCUAAAUUUGUGAUUGCCGUACUUGAGCUUAGGUGAGUCCGGGUACCCGAGUGCUUCAACAACGAGCAGUAGAGCUGGGCUUGCUUAUCUGAAACCACAACUGUAACUUGACGUGUUG